AUGGGUUACAUGACCAUAAUCGAUAUCGAUUUAUUCAAGAAUGAGUUGGUGCAAACCCUCGUUAAACAUCCUCGUUUCUCCAGCCUCCUUAUUGAAAAGGAUAAGAGGCUUGGUAAGUAUUCGUGGAAACGAACGAAAGUAGACAUUGAAAAGCACGUAUUUGCUCCGGAAUUGGAUCCGGACAUGGAAUCGCCCGAUGAAUUCGUGGAGAAAUUCGUGUCGGCUCUAUCGAGACAAACACUGGACCCCACAAAGCCACUUUGGGAAAUCCACGUUCUAAAUGUGAAAACAUCGGACGCAAAUUCGACCGCGGUUUUCAAGAUAUUUGACCAUUCGAUAGGCGACGGCGUGUCUCUAAUUUCCCUAGUCCUGGCUUGUGCUGCCAUGAGGAGGAGUAGUAAUAACCCCGGAGUCGAAUAUUUACCGGUUAUGCCAUCCAAGAAACAAAAAACCAAUAUUGGAAUAUUGGUGGUGAUGAAAAGGCUAUUCUUGUCUUUUUGGACAGGAUUUUUUAUUAUUUACUACACAUUGAUUGAUUUAAUAAUGGUUUUGGCAACAAUGUUGUUUCUCAAAGACACGAAAACUCCCAUCAAAGGCGAAAGAGGGGUCGAAAACUCUCCCAAGCGAUUUGUUCAUCGGAUUUUCGAUCUUGACGAUGUUAAGCUUGUCAAGAAUGCAAUGCACGUGGUAUGUUAG